GCCCGUAGACAUGGAAAAUACUGCCUCUGUUUGCAAUGAGAGGCCUCGCGCCAUAGAACUAGCUGAUCUAUCGUCGCAGGAUGUUAUUCAACAAGAUAGACAGCCAGUAUCCCAGCCAUUAUCUACCAUAAACGUCGUGAAUAACGAAGUACCAGACGGUGGUUAUGGAUGGAUCGUUGUAUCAGCUUGCAGUCUAAUCACAUUCUUUUUUGUAGGCAUAACUCAUUCAUGGGGUCUCAUGCAGGCCAAGUUGGCGCGUGAAAACCUUGCACCAGAUUCAACAUUAGCAUUCAUAGGUUCCACAGCCAUCGCCUUCGUCGCCUUCGGUGCCAUUGUCAAUACUCGCAUCAUUCGUCUCAUGGGCACUCGUCAUGCGGCUUUUCUAGCAUGUUCGUUCAUGGGAUUUGGGCAAAUUCUAAGUGGCUGGGCUACCAGGAGUGUCGGUGGAUUAUUUGUUACCAAUGGAAUUGUGAUGGGCUUCGGCUGUAGCCUAUGCUUCAUGACUUGUGGAACACUACCGGCACAAUACUUCAGUCGCCGCCGUGGUUUGGCGAACGGGUUGGUAUAUGCAGGUGGAGGAAUUGGUGGCUGUGUAUUGAGUAUUCUGAUGGAAGUCCUGCUGAAUAAAGUAGGCAUAGCUUGGACUUUUCGCGUCUUUGGUUUUGUCACUCUUGCCGCGACUUUACCGGCUACCAUGCUCUUGAAGGAGCGAUCUCGCCGGGUAGCUCCAACCAUGGAUUGGUCUUUCUUCAAGGAUCCGAAGUUCUUGCUAUUAUUUUUUGGGUCGGGAAUUGCCACGUUCCCAAUCCUUGUGCCCCCCUUCUUCAUUCCUUUAUAUGCCUCUUCUCUUGGCAUAUCCAGUGGUAUCAGUUCGGUUCUUCUCGCUGUAUUCAAUCUUUCCUCAGCUUUUGGACGUGUUGGUUUUGGCGCUCUAGGAGAUGUCGUUGGUCCACUAAGUAGCUUGCUACUGGCGCUUAUUGUCAGCGCCCUCAGUAUGCUUGUGAUUUGGCCUGCAUCUACGGCAUUGGCCCCAUUUGUGGUAUUCAUAGUGAUCAGUGGUGUGGGCAAUGGCGGCUUCUUCUCCACGAUGCCAUCCGUUGUGGGUCACAUCUAUGGACAAAGAAUGAGCACUGCACUUGCAAUGGUUGUAUCUGCGUGGGCAGCAGGAUACGUCAUGGGUGCACCUGUUGCAGGUUACAUACUGGAGCGAUAUGGGGGGAGCGAAGCUGGACGUGCCGCCUUUCGCCCUGCGAUGUAUUACGCGGGUUCGAUGUCUGUAGGAAGCGCCAGCUUCGUUUUCGGUGUCCGCCAUUUGACCAGCCCCAAGCUUUUUGCAUACGCCUGAUCAUGAUAUUGACGAGGUCGUAACGAAAUUGAGGCCAAUACUCAAUUUGUUUGAGAUUCAAAGGAGACGACCGGGCCCCCUACAUGUACUAGUAGUCUUAUAAAAUCCAAGCCAAUGUGUAUUCCCAUCAUGAAUGUUUCACGGA